AUGGAGUUCAAGUCAGAUUGGUACUCCGCGCAAUGGGACUGGAGCCAUGAGCCCUCUUGGGCAGUGCUGCCCAAGACUCAAGGAACUAAGAAUGCCACGGGCAACAGCAAGCCUGCCACUGAGGCUUGGCUGAUAUGCACCAAGGAGGAGGCCAAGCCAUACAAGAAGUACAAGGUGCUUUUUGGUGAAAGAAAAUUCGCGAGAGACUUUCCCACGCAGAAGCAGACCCUGAGCUUCUGCGAUGACCUCCCUGCAGAGAUUCGCCUUCAAGUCUACAAGCACCUAUUCAAAGUCCCUGACAACUUCUUCGAACUCUGGGCCCCCAAGCAGUGGGCUGAGAAGGGCAGCCGGGCCAAGAACUCAGCCCUGACGUACGCCACUCAGAAGAGAGGCCUGCGAGUGAUGCGCGUCUGCAAGAAAGUCUGCGAUGAGGUCCGCGAAUUCUUCUACGGGGGAAACAACUUCCGCUUCAGUUACGUCAACGGCUUCCAGGUCAUGGCGGCUUUCAUGCACACAAUCAGGUCAGCCAACUGUAGUUUUCUCAAACAUAUCACGGUUCAGAUACCCAACCGUGCGUACGGAUACAGCCAAGACCUUUCCUCCAAGACAGGAUGGAAGAACUUCGAGCAACUGAUGGCACGCCGGGGCAUGCGUCCCCCGAGAUACGGCUUCCGAGCCAGAUACGAGGAGCGAGGUCGCGUUCUUGGAGAGUACAACUAUGACCGUGCUGUGUACAAAUGCUUCCGCCAGCUCCGCAACAUGCCCGACCUCAAGCUACUGGAGAUCACGUUCCCAUGGGAUUAUGAGUUCAUCAAGUCGAGCUACUGUCCAUUCAGUGACGACGAAUUGACUACCCACUGCCCCUGCCCAAUCGAAGACGUCCAGGCCAUGGACCCGAAGACUCGAAUCUGGCAUACCAUCGAGGAACACUCCUCUGACCGUGCAUACUGGGCCUUGUUGGCGGACCUGGCGGAGAAUUCGGCCUCGAAGGAACUGACCAUCGCGUUGGUCAUACAGUACGAGAUGACGUCGUACGAUGUGGCAAAUCGCAUUUCCAAUGGCUGGCCCCAGGACAUCGUCCACAUGCGCCAGGGACGAUGGCUCGCCGCAUACGCCUCCGUCAUGGGCUACGAGUUUGGACACUCCAGAUGGGAGAGGGAUGAGAAGCAACGUGGCACGUACAGCGUCCGCUACGAUGGGGACCCCACCCUCUCGGUGCUCCCCAAGUCACAAGAAGAGGACUCGCUGCUGGAGCCUCCUGAGCUACCCGAGUCGCAGGAGGACUCGCCGCCAGAGUCUGCCCAGCUCCCCGCCUAA